UCGAUACAACUAUCGUCCAUUUCUAGUCAGUAGAUUUUGCUUCUUGUACUUUCGAAAAUAGUAAUUAGAUAAUAACGCCAAGUUCUGAUUGAAGGAAUAAUUGUAUUCCUAAAUUAUUGAUGUUAUAAAACAGCGUGAUAAACUUAAGUAUUAAUUGGCUAUCAAAAAGGUGAUCAUUUUCAAAAACGUUUAAAAUAAAAAAAAUAGAUAAAUGUUCUGUAUAAGGAAGCCUUUCAAGUAGCCGGUGCUUAUUAAUUGAUAAUUUCAUUACUUUUUAGCAAUGAAGGAGAAAUCAUUUUUCAAAUUGAUUUUUCUAUUGACGUUACAACUCGUGGAAGCAAAUAAUGAAGGGGAAUCUCCGGAAGUAAUUACGUCUCCCAACAGUUUGCGCAGCGAUAUAGAAUACAAAAGUCCAUAUGCAGAUCCAUCAAAAUUUUACUUUGCUGAUAAUUUUGAUGACGACGUUCAAUUCGCAACUAAAUGGAUUAAGUCUCAAGCAAAGAAAGAUGACAUAGCUGAUGAAAUUUCCAAGUAUGAUGGCGAAUGGAAUGUCGAACUACCGCAAAAACCCUUGUUGCCAAACGACAUGGGAUUAGUAUUAAAAUCGAAAGCCAAACACGCAGCGAUUGCAUCUCGACUAACUCGACCUUUCGUGUUUUCCAAUAAACCUCUAGUAGUUCAGUACGAGGUUAACUUACAGGAUGGGCAAGACUGUGGUGGGUCGUAUAUAAAACUAUUAUCUUCAGGGAAGGAAAAUGUUGAUCUUAAGCAGUUUCAGGAUAAAACACCUUACACAAUUAUGUUUGGCCCGGACAAGUGUGGAAAUGAUAUUAAAUUACAUUUCAUUUUCCGUCACGUUAAUCCCGUUAACGGAACGAUUACAGAGAAGCAUUGCCGAAAAGCCAAGGAUCGACUAGAUGAUGCUUUCAAAGAUAAGCAGCCUCAUCUCUAUCAACUCAUUGUGCGCCCUGAUAAUACGUACACCAUUCGAUUUGAUCACAAAGUCAUCAAUGAAGGAUCCCUUUUGAUUGAUUUUACACCUCCCGUCAACCCUGCUAGGGAAAUAGAUGAUCCAAAUGAUUUUAAACCAGAAAAUUGGGACGAAAGAGAAAAAAUUCCAGACCCUGACGCCGAAAAACCUGACGACUGGAAUGAAGAUGAACCACCAAAAAUUCCUGAUCCAAAUGCGUCACAACCAGAAGGAUGGCUCGAUAACGUCGAAGAAAUGGUUUCCGAUCCGAACGCUGCAAAACCUGCUGAUUGGGAUAUAGAAAUGGAUGGUGAAUGGGAAGCACCAUUAAUCGCAAACCCUGCUUGUGAAAAAGCUGUGGGUUGUGGUCUUUGGAAAGCCCCGAUGAUUUCAAAUCCAAACUAUAAAGGCAAAUGGCGGGCUCCUUUAAUUGACAAUCCCAACUAUCAAGGGAAAUGGGCUCCCAGAAAAAUACCAAAUCCAGACUUUUUCGAAGAUAUGAACCCAUUCAAAAUGUCCACUAUUGGUGCCAUUGGUAUCGAAUUGUGGUCCAUGUCUAGUGACAUUUUGUUUGAUAAUCUGAUUAUCACGGAUGACGAAUCUGUUGCCAACGAGUGGGCAGCACAGACAUACGAUUUAAAGCGAAAAUUAAUCGAAAGUGAAGCGCACACUUUUUGGGACCGUGCGAUGAAAUACAUGGGACAUAAGCCUGGUUACUGGUUGGCUUAUUUUGUUUAUUGUGCUAUUCCUCUCAUUGCAUAUGUUUGGUUUUUAUUGAGGCGUCGAAAUCAAUAUGAGACUUCACCACAAUCGCCGACUUCACGGGCAAAAAAAACGGAUGAACAUUUACCGGAUAGUGAUGAACAAGGAAGUGAUAUUCGCGGUAAAUCAAAUCUGAAUUCAGCUGGCGGUGAGAACCUUGAAAAUGUUGAUGAUGAAGAAGUAUUCAAAGGUAAACAUUUUGACGACAUUGAGGAUGAAAAUGAAGGUGAGGAAGAUGAGAAAAAUGAGCUCGAUCAGGAUGAUGUUACAAUCGUUGAAGGUAAGGACGCAUCAGAAGAGUUUUCAGAAGAAGUCUAUAGUGCAAAUAAGCCAGAAGGUGGAGUCAAAAAACGAAAAUCUAGACGAGAUUGAAAUCUUUAAUUUUUACUAUAAAUCAAUUUUAAUGUAGAAUAAUUGUGUCUUAAUUUUAAUCUGAACGAUGUAUUUCCACUGUAACUAAUUUCGUAAACUAUAUAGUAAACAAGUCAGAAAAAACAUGUCUAUAUAACAUGUAUUAAGCAUUUGCGGUUCGAAGUCAUGGAAAAUAUGGCAGCUUGAUUUUUAGAAAAAGCUGCUCGAAACUGCAUUUCAUGAAUCAAUAAUAUAUUAAGUUAUUACCAAUAGGUAAAUUUGUGUUUUGUUUCGUGAACUUGGUAUAAAUUAAGAUAUAAAGUUGUAUGUUGCGAAUUCCAAUAAAUAAUUUACCUUAAUUCCAAAUAAAUAAUUUACCUGAAAAACA